UCUCUCUCUCUCUCUCUCACUGUGUGUCUCUCUCUCUCGGGAUUCGUCACUGCUCUGUCUACGAAGCUUUAUUCGUCGUCAUCGUUCUGAACGAAUUGUGUCUUUUUGUCGAUUAAUACAGGCUUGUGUAAACAUCCCGUUAAAGGAAAAGUAAAGCAAACUCAAGACCGACAAUAGAGUGUUUAGUACGCUCUCUAUUUCGCAGUCUAGGUAGGGCUCUCGGUAGGUUUUGAGACAGCCCUAAUGUAUGCAUGCAUGUCUGCUCUCUUAAACCAUAACAACACACUGACUUCACCUAGCAGAGCAGCAUCACUCCUCAGCGUUCAAACGUUUAAGAAUCCACCAACUGGAAAGCGAAAGCUCAUCUUGUGCCCACUAACACACGCUUUCAGAGUUUAAACUACCGCCAGAAGAGCACAGAGUGGGCUAGCGAGAGCUUCAGCUAGCACACAGACUCAUGGAGUGCCCUCACCUCAGCUCCAGUGUCUGUAUGACGGUGGAUCCGACCCGGUUCCCCAACGGUUCCCCUUCCUCGUGGUGCUGCUCCGUUUGCCGGUCAAACAAAAGCCCAUGGGUUUGCCUGACGUGUUUGAGCGUGCAUUGUGGAAGGUAUGUAAACGGCCAUGCAAAAAAGCAUUUCGAGGAGAUUCAGGCACCAGGAGGCAGUCAAAGGAAGCCAGAGCGAGAAAAGUCGAGCGAGAAGAGUCAGCAGCACUCUGUGUGUAUGGACUGUAACAGUUACAGCACGUUCUGUGUUAUGUGUGAAAAUUUGUUGAACAACAAAAAAAAACUAGGCCAUGUGCAGAGGGUCAGAGAACAUCUGCAGAGUUUGGAAAACUCUGUGUCUAAUACUGACAGGCAGAGGAAGAGAAAACUGUCGGACAGUUCCUCUCCUGACAGCAAGCUGAAGAAAGACAGCGACAGUACCAUAGCACAGUGUGCCACGGGCCUCCGAAACCUGGGCAACACCUGCUUCAUGAACGCCAUUCUCCAGUCCCUGAGUAACAUCCAGGUGUUCAGCUGUUAUUUUAAGGAGCUGCCCUCGGUGGCCUUACGAAGCGGGAAAACAGCAGGAAGGAGAAUGUACCACACCAGAAGUCAGGGGGACAGCAGUGUGUCUCUGGUUGAGGAGUUCAGGAAAACACUCUGUUCCCUUUGGCAGGGGAGUCAGACUGCCUUCAGCCCAGACGCUCUCUUUUAUGUCAUCUGGAAAAUCAUGCCAAGUUUCAGGGGUUACCAGCAACAGGAUGCUCACGAGUUCCUGCGUUACCUUCUGGAUCAUCUCCACCGAGAGAUGCAGGGGAGCAAGAACGGGUCGCCCAGUCCCACCCUGUCCCCGGACCGAGCCAAACACACCUCCGAGAGCAAAUGCUGCAUAAAUGGGACCUCCACUAUCGUUACAUCUGUGUUUGGUGGCAUCCUGCAGAAUGAGGUGUACUGCUUGAUAUGUGGCACCGAGUCUCGAAAAUUUGAUCCAUUCCUAGAUCUCUCAUUGGACAUUCCCAGCCAAUUUCGAAUCAAGACCAGAAAAGACCAAGAGCCGGGGCCGAUGUGCACUUUAAAUGAUUGCCUUCGGAGCUUCACAGACCUCGAGGAACUGGAUGAAACUGAGCUCUACAUGUGUCACAAGUGCAAAAAGCGACAAAAGUCCACUAAGAAAUUCUGGAUCCAGAAACUGCCCAAGGUGCUGUGUUUGCAUCUGAAGAGGUUUCACUGGACAGCGUUUCUGAGGAAUAAGAUUGACACCUAUGUAGAGUUUCCAAUGCGUGGCCUUGACAUGAAAAGCUACUUGCUAGAGCCUGAAAACAGCUUGCCAGAGAGAUGCCUGUAUGAUCUUGCUGCAGUAGUGGUGCAUCAUGGAUCUGGCAUCGGCUCGGGACAUUACACGGCAUACGGGCUUCACGAAGGCCAAUGGUACCACUUCAAUGACAGCACAGUCACUCUGGUCAGUGAGGAGGCUGUGCUGAAAGCCAAGGCCUACAUUCUGUUCUACACAGAGCACACCGAUCAAGAGAGUCCAGCCAAGCUUUAAGACUUCCUCCAGAUCAGUUAUGGGACCUUCACACGUGUGCGUCAUCUGUCUCUUGUCUUGUGCUAUCCAGUUCUGAUUUUUUUGCGUCACAAACCUCAAUACAAACCGAAUUGCUGCUUGCGUUUGGACUUGAUGACUUUUCGUUUAAUAGACUGUCCCAGUUUUUUGUCUUCAUACCCACCAGUGUGAAAUGAGAUUCCAAAGGCAAUUCUUCAGGGGGAUAUUUGUCUGCCGAAUGAACUCAAAUUGACUGUAGAAACAAAAUGCUUUACAAUUGAUGUUUUUCCUCUUCUCACUGAGUGUUUUUCUGUUGUCUGAAAUGAUAACAGCUGUCACGUUUCUGACGUCUCCUACUCACGCCAACGAUCUGCUCGCUGCUCCAGGAAAAAAACGUUUCUGUUCGGCUCGGAAAUUCAUUCUUGUCUCCUGAGCCUGCUGUUCAUUGAUCUAAGUUGAUGUGGAGGUGUUUCCGAACUAAAACUUGAAAAGUGUGAUUUUACGUGACAAAACAAGAUGUUGUCUGUAUCACAAAGCAGUAGUUGACUCUGAUCACCUCACUAAUGUGAAAAUGACUUCUGAAGGGUCCAGUAGCUCACGUGUCUCGUUUCCUUAACGCUUGAAAGUGUUUGACCAGAUGUACACGUUCUGUCCUUUUAGAAUUAAAGGGAUGCAGAUUGUGCAAAA